ACUGAUUCUCAUAGAGAAUCACUGGAUCAUGGCCAUUGGACAGUCUGGCAGAAAUCCAGGAAGCAGGGAGAUGUGAUAUGAAGUCAGAGGAGGGACAGAGAAUCUGAUCAUAGUAAAGAUUAAAACAGGCAUUAUGAGUUCAGAUCCACGUUAUGGGGAUGUCUGUCGUAUUCCAACUACAGGAGCCUCUAUGGUCACUGCCCAACAAGACAAGCUGACUUUUGUUGGUGUUACAGCAUCUGAGUAUUUGGCUCAUGCAGACUUAGAAACUAUUAACACAUUAAAAACUAAAAUUGACUCUGUGGCUAACAAAAAAGAAAUGGAUGCAGCUGUCAUUGCCGCAGUAAUAUCACGUGAAACUCGGGGUGGAAGAACUCUGGAGAAUGGAUGGGGUAACAAUGGCACUGCUUGGGGGGUGAUGCAGGUUGAUAAAAGAUGGAAUACUCCUCGAGGAGAGUGUGACAGUGAAGAGCAUAUUGCUCAAGCAACAAAUCUCAUAAUUGAAAAGUUUAAUUCCAUGAAGAGGAAAUUUCCAACGUGGUCUAAAGAUCAAAUUCUAAAAGGUGCUCUAGCAGCAUACAAUAUGGGUGAUCAAAGCGUCAAGAGCUUUGAAGAAGUGGAUCGACUCACCACAGGACAAGAUUAUGCUAAUGAUGUUGUGGCACGUGCACAAUAUUUCAAGAGGAAUGGAUAUUAAUGCCCAAAAAUUAUCCAGAGCCCCAGAAGUUAUUACAAAAAUAUCUUAUAAUAAAUUUACACUAAAACAUGGCACCAUUUUAUGAUUUACUGGAAAGAACACAAUCCACAAAGCCUAUUCUCAUAGUGUCUGAUUUAAUAUUGUUGGGUACACUCUUAAAAUUAUGAAAAACCUAAAUUUGUGAUAUUUUCAUAUUAAAGAGAAAAUUAAA